AAACCUCCAUCUUCUUUCCCCAUUCUUCAGCUCCCUUAUUUCUUAGUCUUACAACAGAGGAAGAAGAUUUAGCCGCCAUCAAUUUUUGCCCCCUUCUCUGCCAAUCCAAACUCAGAAAACCCAAUUUCCACACUUAUUAUUCGUCCCAUCGCUUCAAUGGCGGCUUCUCUAAUUCCCCAAUUUCUAAUUCUGUUCAUUUUGACUGCCGCCUAUCUCUUCCCAAUCAGCGUCGUUUCCACGACCUUCACAAUCACCAACCAGUGCGAAUACACGGUCUGGCCGGGCAUCCUCUCCAACGCCGACGUGGCGCCGCUGCCCACCACCGGAUUCGCGCUCCAGAAAGGCGAGACCCGAACCAUCUCCCCGCCGGCUUCCUGGGGCGGCCGCAUGUGGGGCCGGACGCACUGCUCCGAGGAUUCCGCCGGCAAAUUCUCCUGCCUCACCGGCGAUUGCGGCUCCGGAAAGGUCGAAUGCUCCGGCUCUGGCGCCGCUCCCCCCGCCACCCUCGCCGAAUUCAAGCUCGACGGCUACGACGGCCAGGACUUCUUCGACGUCAGCCUCGUCGAUGGCUACAACCUCCCCGUCCUCGUCUCGCCGCAGGGCGGGUCGGGUCAGAACUGCUCCAGCACCGGGUGCGUGGUCGAUCUGAACGGCGCGUGUCCUUCCGACCUCAAGGUUGUUUCCGAUGCUGGCGAGGGCGUAGCGUGCAAGAGCGCGUGUGAGGCCUUCGGCCAGCCGCAGUACUGCUGUGAUGGAGCGUACGCGACCCCCGACACCUGUCAGCCGUCGUCGUAUUCGCUCGCGUUCAAGAACGCCUGCCCACGCGCUUACAGCUACGCGUACGAUGACAAGACCAGCACAUUUACCUGCUCCUCCGCCGAUUACGCCAUCACAUUCUGUCCCACUCCCAGCACCAGUCAAAAGGCGUCGCAGGGGCAGAACCAGGGACCGACGACAACGCCGCCGCUUGGUGCUACGAGUGAAGGCGGAAACGACGGGAAGAGUAGUUCCCCGUUUGUUGACGGCUCGAUGGUGUACGGAAGUGGGGAGUUGGGCACGAACGGCGGGAUGGGGAGGACGUGUACCCACGUGGGUGCUGCCGUCAGCAUCACAUUGGCCGUAUGGCGGUUGAUGCAGUUCCGCUGAAAAUUUUAACCUUUAUUUUUUAUACUGGUUCGCAUGGGUUGGCCGGGCGGGCCGGUGGGUUUCGUGGUCCGGUUGAAUCAUCGUGGUAGGGAGAGGCCCGUGGGCCGUGCCCCAUGCCGCCGCCUCGGCCCGAAAUGAAGAACCGACAACUGGGUGUGGGGCCUACAGCAUCGUCUUCGCUUCGUCGGGGUUUCCUGGUGCGGGGGCCACGUAGGACAAGCACCACUUUGGGCCGUGGGCUGACGAGGAAGUGACUCGCUAAUGAAGAAAGAAAGCAAACGUUGUUGUUUCAUAAGUUGGCCCGUCAAAACUGAUAGGCAGGCGCUCCCGUGGUUAUUAAUUAUAUAUUAUCUAUUUAGUAGUGAUUAGAGACGAAAUUAGUUAGGAAAUGAGUGUAAUUCUUUCUAGGCUAUAGGUUUAAAUUAUACAAUUCUUUUUACCUCUUGCGGUGGUGAACAAUUCUAGAGGAUGGAAAUUCAUUUGUUGGUUACGGAGGAAUUGUUAUUCUACAAAAUGUAACCACCAGAAUUAAAGAAAAAGAAGAAUGUUAUUAAUAAAAAUAAAGGAAUUGACCUAUUAUGAUGCUACUAUUCUUUUUCAGUGGCUCUUAUUAUUUUGCUGAUGUAGACUUUUCGUUUGAUUAAUCAGAAGACUAUGGGGUUGGAUUAAUUAAUAAAUCAUAUGGAGUUAGGGGAUAAUUGAAGUAUGCGGUGAGAGAGUGAAGGAGACAUCAGCAUUCGUACAAGAAGGGAAGGGGAUUAGUAUUUUAUGUUGUGUCUUCUUUCUUUUGAAUUUUUUAUUUUAUAAUGAAGCAGAGUAAAUUCGCUAGUUGAAGAAAAAAGAAAAAAAUCGAAAAUUCAACUUGUAGCUUUUAGUAUAGGGUUUGGACAACCUCUCGUCACAAACCAACAAUGAUCAAUCAACGCAUAGAUAGUAUUGCGAAGCUAUAGAAACUUUAUGAAGGAAACUGUUGGGCCAAGUAUUAACAUACGUGGGCCUGAGGCCCAUGGUUACAAAGCCGGUAGAAAGUCAGACUAGGCCAGGGCGGUCUGUCACCAUCUUAUCCUCGGAGACCGCCCGACACUGACGUAAGCACACGUCAGUGAGCCGCCCGACAGAAGAACCAAAGCACUGAUGAACUGAGGAAGUCAGACAUUCGUAUUGACAAAGCAUUUAAUGAGCCCUGCGGCGUCCCAGACCGCCUGACACCGCAUUAAAUGCUCCGACCCCUA